AUGGAGCAUGGCUCGACAGCAGUAGGUUUGGGGGAACCAAUCAACACAUGCCCCUCUAUAAGGCCUCUCUUGGGGUGCGACGCAAGAAGCAACAUGGCCGGAGGCGAUUGGGAGAAGAAGGUGAAGGAUAUCGUAGAGAACAAAGACACUAGGAACCUAGCAAUCUCCAAGAAUAUGCAACUUCCAAUCGUCUUUUUACGAUGCGGCUUGACAGCCCUCAUGGGCAACAAACAGACGGCGACGCUCGCUGACCUCGUGUAUUUCUUGCUGACGGCGGGCGAGGGGGCAAAAGAAAAACUCUCAGCUGCGGCCAUCAAAGCGGGCUCUGAUGGCGCCCAGGCGAGUGCAAUCGUGGAAGUGAGAAUGUCCACCUACGGGAAAGAGUUCGAAAGGAGCGCCAAGGGAAUGCCCCAUGAUGUUAGAGAGCGGUUGCCGCAGCCCAUCGAAGGGCUCAAGUAUGGCUUUCCAAAAUGCACUCUCUCGGCGUACCUCAAGUAAGUGGGGCAAGCGCUGCCACCAGCCAGAGCGGAGAGGGCGAUCCGACAAGCAGCCAAGCACGGGAGGGACUAGACGUGUCCCAAACGGAGGUGCAAGUGGAGAUUGUGAUCGAGGGAGGAGAGGUUGAGAAAGUGACCAGCCCGGCACGGGAGGGGCAAGACACGCGCGGUGUUGAGGAGCAGGUGGAGAUCGUUAUCGAAGGAGGAGAGGGCGAGACCAGAAGCCAAGCCGAGCCUGUGUCUGAACGCACCCCGGAGGCUGGGGGGGACACAACAGGGCAGCACAGGACGUGUGUUCCAGAGCCACAUGAGGGAAGAUGGACCGGCGAGGGAGGUUGGCCAGCGACCCCACCAUGGACUGGGCUGAAAAACAUGGUCGGCUUGCUAGACCCGAUGCACAUGGUGCAUUUUUUACUCAUGUGCACGAUGCAAUGCACAAUAGUCAAGGGUUGCACGGGAAACAUGCAGCUGGGGUCAUGGAAGAUGCAGUGGGUGGGGUUCGAGAUGUUGUGGGUUUGUGACAGUUGUGGGAAAUCUCAACCGUUUUGGAGCAUAAACCGGCAGCCGGCCACUGGCACGGGCUCCAAACCGGGUAGAAAAUGCCUUACCUUGAUGCAACGUUUCAUGGCAGCGUACGCGCUAGCUGGUGGAGGUUACCAACUCAUGACUGAGAUCGCUA